GCUAAUUGAUCCUUGCCACCUUAACCAAUAACUAAAAACAUUUUCCAAACUAACCAAAAUCAGCAGUGAAUAAUCAUGGUUUUAGUGUGAGGAACCACCUAUGAUCUAUUUAUCAUUUAGUUUACUCUUAUUGAUAGUCGCCCACCAAAAAGUGCAUGUCUGAAAGUGACACAGAAGAUUACGACUCCGUCUCAGAGAAAACCAGACUCAUGGACGGUCAUGUCGCAACCAACAGCAGCAACAAUAGCGGUCUUGAAGUUAGACAUGAGAUUCCCAGAAAACGAAACCGAAACAAUAUUGAGGCCAAAACAGAAACAACACACGCAGAUGAAAACCCUGAAAUAAGAGAAUUCGUGGCUCAUCAGGAAGAAGAGGAAGAGCUAAAAUAUGGAGCUAAACACGUCAUCAAAUUGUUUGCGCCGGUUUCACUAUGUAUGGUGGUUGUUGUGGCUACCAUAAAUGCAGUAAACUUUUAUUCCGUCAAGGAUAUGUAUUUAGUCUAUACACCAUUUCACGAGGAAAGCCCCGAUACUAGUACCAAAGCUUGGAAUGCUGUAGCCAAUUCCUUAAUUUUAAUGGCUGUUAUUGUUGGAAUGACAGUUUUAUUGAUUGGGCUUUACAAAUACAGGUGCUACAAGGUGAUCCAUGGCUGGUUAAUAGUGUCUUCUUUAAUGCUGUUAUCAGUAUUUAGUUAUUUAUAUCUGGAGGAGAUAUUAAGAGCAUACAAUAUCCCUAUGGAUUAUCCAACAUUAUUAUUUUUAAUGUGGAAUUUUGGAGUAAUGGGUAUGAUAUGUAUUCACUGGCAGGGACCAUUAAUUUUACAACAAGCGUAUCUAAUUUUUGUUGCUGCUUUGAUGGCCCUGGUAUUUAUAAAGUAUUUACCAGAAUGGACAACUUGGGCUGUUUUAGCUGUGAUCUCAAUUUGGGAUUUAAUAGCAGUUUUAAUGCCCAAAGGGCCUCUGAGAAUAUUGGUUGAAACUGCACAAGAAAGAAAUGAACAAAUAUUCCCAGCCCUUAUCUAUUCCUCAACAUACAUGUAUGCUUAUACCAGCAUGGCAACAAAUGAACAUCAGCAAACUGGCUCUCGUUCGAACAGUGAAGAUCAUGGCUUUACACAAGAUUGGCUUAAUAACCACACUCAGAGAGUUGCUCAGAGACAACUAGAAGUUCAUGAUGCACCAAGUGGACAGGUCCGAACACAAAUUCAUCAUGCUCCAGAGGAAGAAGAAAGAGGAGUAAAACUUGGAUUGGGAGAUUUUAUAUUUUAUAGUGUCUUGGUAGGCAAGGCCUCUUCUUAUGGAGACUGGAAUACCACUCUUGCUUGCUUUGUGGCCAUUUUAAUUGGUCUUUGCUUGACAUUGUUAUUAUUGGCAAUUUUUAAGAAAGCUUUGCCUGCAUUGCCAAUUUCCAUUACUUUUGGAUUAAUUUUUUAUUUUGCCACUAAAGAAAUUGUCAGUCCAUUUGCGGAUAGUCUAGCAAAUGAACAAGUAUUUAUUUAGUUUCUUUUUUUUUUUAAAUUGCAUUGUUAGGUUGUACGCAUAUAUAUAUAUAUAUAUAU